CGCUGAAUUAGAUUUAAACUAGUUGGUGAAAUGGAUACUCAGUUGGCGGUGAGGGUGGCAUCAAUCACAACAUCCACCCAGUAGUUCUCGAGUUCGUGUAGCCCCCAUUAAUAGCGAAAGUAUUUCUGCGGUACAUUUCUCCAUUCUAGAGUAUCUGAAUCGAAUUUAAUUUAUGCUGCAUCCGUUAAAUUGUGACAAAGGUGGCUUAUAGCAAUUCAGUGUGUCCCUUGAUUGCAUUUCCUGCUCACUAUUUAUAGUUUUCUUAAUGAUAGUGUAUUUUGAUUUAUUCGGAUUGUUGGAAAUGUCUAGUGCUUCCAGUAUGUUUUAGCGUAUUGAAUUCCAACAGUUCUUCCGUCUUCUGAGAAGUGUUUAUAGCCUACAGUCUAGCAAACAGGACGACCUCCAUCAAUGCGCGAAUUAAAUUCUAAUUAGGAACCAAAAAGAUGCGAAAUUAGGGAAAAACCCCAAAUUUCCUUUUGCGAGGAUAAGGGUCAAAUCAGGUCGUACGGUAGUAGUUCGGAUCUUUUUAGAUUAGUGUAAUCUGCAGUGUAUUAGCGACACUGUAGGUGAAUGAGCUUCAAAUUACCAGUCAGUGGAGCUGGAAUAUAAGCGAAUUUGACUGAAUAAAUGUAUUAUCCUCAUCAACCGUGCAACCACAAUGAUGAACCAAACGAUAAUUACCGUCGAGGAAUUGAGUGCUUCUUUGAAACACUUCAAUUUGUUUGAUUAUGCAGCAUGCAUGCUCAUGCUCGUCAUAUGUGGAGGGAUUGGAGUCUACUUUGGUUUUCUGGAAAAGAAAAAUUUGAAAAGCAAAGGAAAUGAAAAGAAUAUCCGCAGAUAUGAGUCGACAGAGGAACUGGAUUAUUUGGUUGGAGGACGGAAAAUGAAAACUCUUCCCAUAGCCAUUUCUUUAAUUGCCAGUUGGGUAUCAGGAAUUGCACUCCUUGGAACAUCGACUGAAGUAUAUAUCUACGGUGUGAACUAUCUGUAUAUGGUAGUGGCAUUGGCUAUAUCGUCAAUAGCUUCAUGGCACCUCUAUCUGCCGGUCUUUCAUGAGCUGCAAUUGACGUCAACCUAUGAGUAUUUGGAGCUGAGAUUCUCGAAAGGUGUCCGGCGGUUCGGAUCAGUGAUGUUCUGUAUCAAUAUGAUGUUAUGGUUACCAAUUGUGAUAUUUGUUCCAGCAUUGGCCUUGAAUCAAAUUGCCGGAAUUAGCAUACACAUCAUUUCUCCAAUUGUAUGUGGAGUAUGCAUAUUUUACACCUGCGUAGGCGGCAUCAAGGCAGUUGUGUGGACAGACGUCCUGCAGGCUGUAAUAAUGCUGGCAGCGAUAAUUGCGGUGAUGGUCAAAGGAACCAUAGAAGUUGGCGGAUUUGAUGUAGUUUGGGAUCGAAAUUUGGAGAGUGGUCGUUUGGACGUUCCACCGGCAACAUUUGACCCGACAAUACGAUAUUCCUUGUUCUCGAUAUUUGGUGGAGGCUGUAUAUAUUGGGUACAAUCCACAACAACAAACCAGACUAUGAUGCAGCGAUAUUCCUCGCUACCAACAACACGAUCAGCGCGCAAAGCUUUGGCAAUAUUUGUGAUAGGACUUGGCAUAUUAUUGGCCUUUUGUGUCUAUAACGGCCUUUUACUUUAUGCAACCUACUUCGAUUGUGAUCCAAUAACUACGAAGCUCGCCGCUGCUAAGGAUCAAAUGAUUCCGCUAAUCGUGAUGGAGCAAUUGGGACACAUUCCUGGCAUGCCAGGUUUUUUUAUCGCAGGCGUUCUCUGUGCAGCUCUUAGCUCAUUGUCAACAGGGCUGAACUCAUUGACAGCAGUCAUUUUGGAGGACUUUUGGAAACCCAUGAUGUCUCGGCCAAUGUCUGAAAGGCAAAUUGCCAUCGUAAUGCGUCUAAUUGUUGUUGUGUUUGGCCUGUAUUGCAUUGGAAUGGUAUUCGUUGUUGAAAAGCUGGGAUCUGUGUUGCAGUUGUCAGGUACUAUGGGUGCCAUUUCUAUGGGUCCUGAAUGCGGUUUGUAUAUGAUUGGUCUUUUCUUGCCAUGGAUAAAUAAAAAGAGUGCUUUAACGGGCGGCAUUACAUCGCUACUCAUAAUGGCGUACGUUUGCUUACGAUGUCAAUUAUCAGUAGCUUCCGGAGAAUUCACAUGGCCCGAAAAACCCUUCCGGACAGAUGGAUGUACUUACAACUUUACAAUCCCAGCGAACAAAACAUUACACGAGCAAGAUCCCAACGGUUUUCGCCCCAUCUCCCAUCUUCUGUUCAUCACCAUUGGAAGUUCCAUAACUAUUUUGGUGGCUGUAAUAUCCUCGUUCCUAUAUGGCCGAUUAGACCCGAGGGACGUUGACUCCAAGCUCCUUGCUCCAUUCGUACGGAAAUUCAUUAAAUCUCGGAAGUACCUAAGUGUUCAGCCAGAUAUAAAGGAACGCGAGAGCAUUAUUCAUGGAUACGAGUUGCCCAGUCGAAAUGUGAAUGGAAACGAUAGCUAGUCCUAGCUCAACAAGUGAAAAAAGGAGAAGUUGGUUGGAGGUCGAAGUGAAUUUACAAGGCAUAAUGUGAAGGAGAGGGUGUUUUGUAUGAAGGUGACUUCCAUUCAGAGAAUGGCUGCAAUAGUUGAUAAGAGGUUUUGUAAGUUUGAAUAAAUUUUCCAAUAAUA